UUCCCCGAUCGAAUAAAAACCUCACUUUUCUUCACCAGCCAAAAAUAAAACAACCUAUCAUCGGAGAAAAAAAUGGCGGCAGAUGGCGAUCGAAACCGUAGAUUCUUCAUCGCAGUUCACGUCGGCGCCGGAUUCCACUCCCCUUCGAACGAGAAGGCCUACCGGAGAGCGAUCAAGAAGUCUUGCCUCGCUGCCGCUUCCGUUCUUCGAGAGGAUGAUGGUACAUGUGUAGAUGCUGUUUCAGCUGCCAUUCAAGUUCUAGAGGAUGAUCCAGUUACAAAUGCAGGUCGAGGUUCAAAUCUGACAGAGGCAGGUCAUGUAGAAUGUGAUGCAAGCAUCAUGGAUGGUUGCUCUGGGGCAUAUGGGGCUGUUGGAGCAGUAUCAGGUGUACGGAAUGCCAUCAAAAUUGCUACUUACAUAGCCAAAGAGCAACUAAAGGGAUCUUCUUUGCUUGGUCGAAUACCUCCAAUGUUUUUGGUUGGUGAAGGUGCACGAAAAUGGGGGAAAUGCAAGGGUAUAAAUAUGCCAGAAACUAUUUCAGAGGUUGAUGCGUGGCUGGUGACAGAGAGGGCUAAAACACAGUGGCUGAAAUACAAAUCCAUGCUUGCUGAUGCUAAGGAACAGAACAGUUCUUCUGCCAUGGAAUCUACAACCAAUUCCACGAACAUGAGAUCUGCUGUAGCCAAAGGAGCAGUAACGUUCAGCGAUGUCAAAAGGGAAACAAGAAAUUCUGAAGGAGGAUCACACCAUAAAGUUAGCUUCGAAGAGGAUUGCAUAAUGGAUACUGUGGGAGCUAUCUGUGUUGACAAUUUUGGACAUGUAGCAUCGGGGGCAUCAAGUGGUGGUAUUGCAUUAAAGAUAGAUGGGCGUGUUGGAUUGGCUGCAAUGUAUGGAUCUGGCUGUUGGGCUUCCUCGAAAGAUGCAUUUGGAGCUCCAUUUAAUGUUGCGUGUUGUGCAACUGGUGCUGGAGAGUACUUGAUGAAAGGAUUUGCGGCACGUGAAUGCUGUGUAUCUUCAUCAUUAUCUCAGGCAGGCCCUGCAUCUGCGUGCACAAAAGUUUUACGUUCGGUUGUCCAGGAUAGCAGUUAUCAGUCCCAUGACACAGGUGCUGGUGUGUUACUUGUGCAGGCGGACGCUCUGAAGAGUACAGGAAACAUAUCGUUGCUGAAGGCAGUCGAGCUUGUUGCAGCCUACUCUUCAUCAUCUUUUGGAAUCGGCUAUUUCGGGAAUUCUAUGACCCGUCCAAAGGCAUCAAUACUCAGAUCUAUGACAUCAAGCAAAGGGGACGUCAAAUAUUUUGCAGAACGCAUCGAUCUUACUUCAUCAAAAUCUUUAUGACAGAAGACGUGAUUGUAAUUCAGGAUUCUGCAACUAUCUCUGAAUAUUUCAGUGAAGGAAUAACCAAUUAUGGUUCGUUCUGGAUGUUUCAUCCCCGUCUAGUUGUGAUGUUUUUUUAGUGACCAGUAUAUUCUGUUAUUUGAACUGUAAAAAGGACCUGUCGUUUUAUUUUGCUUCAUGAAUUGCAAUGGUCAAUAUCAUGACGUUCUAAUUUUAUUGUACUAUUUCAAAUUAAUAAUAAAAAUAAGAACAUAA